AGCUCUGCAGUAGCCGCAGCCUCAUUUACAGGAGCCGGGCUUGGAGCCACAGCUGCUGCGGACCUGAACCGGAGCUGCUCCUGCGGCUGCCGCAGCUAACUCGCCGCGCACAGAACUGUCACCAUGCCCCAGUCGUACCCAGCCCUUUCUGCUGAGCAGAAAAAGGAGUUGUCUGACAUUGCCCUCCGGAUUGUGGCCCCAGGCAAAGGCAUUCUGGCCGCAGAUGAGUCUGUAGGCAGCAUGGCCAAGCGGCUGAGCCAAAUUGGGGUGGAGAACACAGAGGAGAACCGCCGGUUGUACCGUCAGGUCCUGUUCAGUGCCGAUGACCGUGUGAAGAAGUGCAUUGGAGGUGUCAUAUUCUUCCAUGAGACACUCUACCAGAAAGAUGAUAAUGGUGUCCUCUUCGUCCGUACCAUCCAGGAUAAGGGCAUUGUCGUGGGCAUCAAGGUUGACAAGGGUGUAGUGCCUCUAGCCGGGACUGAUGGAGAAACCACCACUCAAGGGCUGGAUGGGCUCUCGGAACGCUGUGCCCAGUACAAGAAGGAUGGCGCCGACUUCGCCAAGUGGCGCUGCGUGCUGAAAAUCACUGAACGCACACCCUCAGCACUUGCCAUUCUGGAGAAUGCCAACGUGCUGGCCCGCUAUGCCAGCAUCUGCCAGCAGAAUGGGAUUGUGCCUAUUGUGGAACCUGAGAUCCUGCCUGAUGGAGACCAUGACCUCAGACGUUGCCAGUAUGUUACAGAGAAGGUCCUGGCUGCGGUGUUCAAGGCCCUGAGUGACCAUCACGUGUACCUGGAGGGGACCCUGCUCAAGCCCAACAUGGUGACCCCUGGCCAUGCCUGUCCCAUUAAGUAUAGCCCAGAGGAGAUCGCCAUGGCAACUGUCACUGCCCUGCGUCGCACUGUGCCCCCAGCUAUCCCAGGAGUGACCUUUCUGUCUGGGGGUCAGAGUGAAGAGGAGGCAUCUCUCAACCUCAAUGCUAUCAACCAAUGCCCCCUUCCCCGGCCCUGGGCCCUCACCUUCUCCUAUGGGCGUGCCCUGCAGGCCUCUGCACUCAACACCUGGCGAGGGCAACGGGAUAAUGCUGGGGCCGCCACUGAGGAGUUCAUCAAGCGGGCCGAGGUGAAUGGCCUUGCGGCCCAGGGCAAGUAUGAAGGCAGCGGAGAAGAUGGUGGAGCGGCAGCACAAUCCCUCUACGUUGCCAACCACGCCUACUGAGUACCCCCACUCCAUACCACAGCCCUCGGCCCGGCCACCUGCACCCAAUUUUGCCUGUAGUUAUGGCCAGGGCCAAGUAGCCAUGAAGAGUGGAGAUGCCUCCACCCAGCACUGAGUCAUCUUCCUUUUUUCUCCUCCCCUCCCCUCUCCGAUUGCUGCACCUGGGACCAUUGGAUGGGAGGAUAGGGAGCCCCUCAUGACUGAGGGCAGGAGAACUUGCUAGAAGUCAGAGCAGGAUGCCUGGGUCUCCCCCCUGCCUCUGCCAGCCCCCACAAUUUCCCCAUGACAGGGUUGCUUCUCCUUGGGCUCUCCUUGCCCACCCUCUCUCCUGGGAUCAGAGGGUAGGGCACCAGAGCUGACUCAUGCUUUGGGUACAUACCACAUAGCAAAUAAAUGGUAGCAAAACAUGC